CACGGAGAGCGGGCAGAGAGAGAGAGAGAGAGUGAGCGGAGCAGAGGAGCACACAAGGAGGGGCGGCGGUGGGAGAAGAGGCUGAAUGCGUCCAGAGGCGCAGUGGAAUCGGUCGCGUGCAGCAGCAUCAGUGCAGCGCAGGAGCAGACGUGGAGCUCUGGAUGCUGGAGCACGCCGCGGCUGACGUGCCUUCCCGCAGCGGCUACUCGCCCUUCGGCAGCGAGCUGACGCAGGGCCAGACGGACCACCGCGACCAGAUCGACUACGCACCCGAAGUGUCCUCGCGGCCUUCGUCAUCGUUUGUGCCGCACCGCCUGCUGGGCCCGAACCAGUUUUUGCCCGACGCCGCGCUGCCGGCGCACCGCGACACCACGCUCGCCUACUUUGCCGCCGCACAGCAGCUGGCGGCGCAGCUGACACGGGCGCUCGAGGCGGCGUUGCAGCUGCCAGCUGGCGCGCUGGAGUGCUACAUGCGCUCCGAGCAGGACGACGGCUACGCGCGCAUGAAGGCCAUCCGCUACCCGGCCGGCAGUGCAGUGGAUGGCACAGAGAGGAAAGGCGAGCAGGGCGUCGGCGCACACAAGGACGGCGGCUGGCUCACACUGCUAGCGACGGACACAGCGAAGGGCCUGCAGGUGCAGCUGGGCACCGGCGAGUGGGUCGACGUGCCGCACCGCCCUGGCUGCAUCGUCGUCAAUGCCGGCCAGCAGCUGGAGCGCGUCUCGCGCGGCGCCCUGGUGGCGGCGACGCACCGCGUGCGCAGCGAGGCCGGCGGCCAGGAACGCUACUCGGUGCGUCGCAGCGGCGAGGCGAGGGGCGUGCAAGUGCUGAUGGCUGUGUCGCUCUCCAUUGUUGCGCUCUGCGCUCUGCACUUCUUCCCUCACCGACAGGUCGCAUUCUUCUCCAUGCCCGCGCUCAGCUCCGUCGUCGAGCCGCUGCCGGAGUCGCUGCUGGGCAACAGCGGCGCCAAGGCACUGGAGGCGCGCAAGUCCGACGUGCCGGCGCAGGACCUCUGGGGCGCCGCCGAGGAGCCGUUUGGCGCCGUGGCAUGGCGCGGCAUCUCGCGCAGCCAUCCCAAUGUCGUGCAGCGAUGGCACACCGAUGUCGCAUGACGCUUCUGGCGGGCAGACGCGGCAACUUAUACCCACUUGGACACCCGGCCGUGCCUGAGAACAGCUCUGGCCACGCUACGCACGCGGUCCAUUGCGCAUACAU